AGUUAUUCUUUAAUUCUAGGAAGGGAGGGGCUUAGCCAGCGUCACUCAGCAACAUCUCUAUAAAUUGCUUAAAAGCCUCUAGCAAGAUGCACAUGACCGAGGCUGAAACAACCAGUGUUACAGGAAGAUCGUGGUGUAUUGGAAAACAUUCGAGAUGAGUCAGAAGAGUGAAUGAUGACCGAGUCUCAUUCUGCUGAACAUCCUCUUUUGUUUUACAUGGAAGAAAGUCAUACUCAGCAUGAGUGAAUUAUUACAGAAUUGAACUGUUCCUUUAAAAGAAGGAAUCUCACGUCUUCUAAAUCAUGGCUCUUGUAGGAAACCAUCACAAACUUCAGACAUUACAAGAGAUGUUCGAUCUGUGUCUGAGAUGUAAAAAGUGCUGUAGAGAACUCCGUAAGAUUUCAUACUCCCUUAACCAGACCAUCCAUAACUGCUCAGAAAACAUCUUACUGAUCAGGUGGAAAGGUCAAAGUUCAGUAUGGAGGCCAGUUGCUCCCCUGCCAGAAUUUCCCAAACCUUUAAUGUAUGUUGCUUGCCGGUUCUACACUGAAGAACGUGGAUGCACGAAGCAUGAAAGUAGAUGUUCCUUCGCCAGGUGCCCAGAGGAAGCAUCGGUGUGGAACAUCAUGAAGGAUGAAAAUCUGACAAUUCCUCAGAUUGUGAAAGAGAUCAAACGAAACCAAAGGACACUGCAGUCAAAGCCUCAAGAGAAAGGAAGAUCGUUAGACUGCACAUUAUGUCAGGCGCGCUUCCCGACAGAUGAGGAAUUCAUGAACCACUGUUUCACGGUGAAGCACAGGAGACUGAUCUUUGAAGAUACCUCUAUGCAGUGGAAGUACCGUGAUCCGCCACUAACAUACAAGGACCUGAAACUGUGUGAAAGAUCCCUGUUAUGUGAGUAUGGAGAUAACUGCACAAAGGCACACAGUCAAGAGGAACUUCGUGAAUGGCAAAAAAGAAUCAAGGCUUUACGGAAGAAAGCCAGGGAUGCAGCCGAGCUGGAUUUACUGUCCUAUCAGGACAGGCUUUUUGAGGAAUACAGGCACAGCGAGAACAAGGAAAUGAUUGUCAGCGACACUUUUCCUGAUGUUUCCAUCACCUGUGACCCAGAUUUAGACAGCGUCUAUGUAAGGAAAAAGGGAUUACAGUAUACAUGGAAUUUCACCAUUAUUUCCAAGGAACCUCUAGAUGUGAUUGCUUUACUCAGACGGGAACAGGGGGCGACAUUCAGCCUCAGCAAAAACCCCCAUGAGGAACUGUCAUAUUCCACUAGUGUUUGGUUUAAAAAGAAUAGUGGCCAAACAGAGUAUGAAAUUCCAGUGUCCUUCAAAUCUGACCGACCAGGCCUGUAUGAGCAGUGGGUAGUUUUUGACUUCAAUACGAGACCCGUACUGCAACAAAAACUCAAGGUCAGAGUUGGAGAUGACGAGUGUAAGGGAACAUCAGUCACAUGUCCAGCAGCUGAGGUUCCUCGAGAAAAACCAGAGACUGCCAAGAAUCUUGAGCCCUGGAGUGAGGAAAGCCUGGAAAUCAUUCCUUUUGUUGAAAGAGAUAAGGCACAGAGAGAGCUGCUAAACACAUACCCGCUCAUCAUGAAACACCAGUCAAACAUUUUGAUUGACUGUGAGAAUUACAAACAGAGCAUGCACAAUUUUUUAUACCAGGAGGAAAAGGUAGUAGGUGAACUGCUUGCCAGGCUGAAUCUACGAGGGAUUGUGCAGUUGAAAAAUAAACUGUCUGAUGAACGGUUUGGAAUGAAAUUGGCUUAUUCAGGGGAACUUUUUGCUGCUGUGCCUUUGUCUCACCCACUCACUCCUGAUUCCCCUCAAGGUUUCAUAGUGAAAAGACACGCUAUCAGAUCUCUUGUUCGUGUCGUGAAAAACGAUAACGAUCGUAGACCUAUUUACGAGGCUGAAAUUCUGAAAGACACUGCCACUGAGACACAAGUACAUCUACAGCUUUCCAAACACUGCUGCACUGAUCUUAAUCUGAAGAAUGAAGAGCAAUGUGAGAUGGAAGUCCAGUUCCAAAUAAAUCGUCUAUGGUUCUGUGAGAUGCACAAGGCCAUUGAUGAUCUCUCCGACUUGGACAAAGUUUUGCCUGAUCUGAAAAGCAGCAACUUAUGUAUUUCUUCCCAGUCAGAUACCAAUGAGUUAAAUGAGAAGCAGCAAGCAGCAAUGAACUUUGUCCUGGGUGUAACAGACAACAGAAGCAGUAUCCCACCUUUGUUGAUUUAUGGACCUUUUGGAACAGGGAAAACUCGAACCCUUGCAAAGAUGGCCCAGGCUCUUCUGCAGCAACCACAGAACAAAGUCCUGAUUUGCACACACACAAACAGUUCAGCUGAUCUUUAUAUAAGAGGUCAUUUCCAUGAAUAUGUAACAACUGAAGCCAAUCGUGAAGCCAAACCUUUGAGAAUCAAGGCAAUGGAAAGCAAUCUCAGAUCCACUGAUCCUAUCACUCUGCAGUACUGCCAUUUAUCCAAAGGCAGCAAUCAAUUUGAGUUUCCUGAUAAAGCUGUUCUGGAUUCCACAAGAAUCAUCAUAACAACAACUGCGCUGGCUCGUUUCUUCCAUGACAUGAACCUCCCUGAAAACUACUUCAGCCACAUUCUGAUUGAUGAAGCUUCUCAGAUGUUGGAGUGUGAGGCUCUUAUGGCAUUGGGCUUGGCUGGCAAAAAUACACGUGUUGUUUUAGCAGGAGAUCACAUGCAGAUGGGACCCAAGCUCUUCUCUGUGAGACAAGACAAAAGCUCAGAACAUACCCUGCUCAAUCGCCUCUUCUAUUACUACCAAGCUGAAAACACUAAUGCUGCCAAACAGAGUCGAAUCAUUUUCAGUGAAAACUACCGUUCCACAAAAGACAUUGUGGAUUUUGUGUCAACACAUUUUUACGUGGGAAAGAGUGAUGUGAUCAAGGCUAAAGGAGAUGUGCCUUCUCAUCCACACCAGCAUGCCUUGCAGUUCCAUCAUGUAAGAGGAGAAUGCUGUUUGGACUCAACAAGCAUGUCCUGGUUCAAUCCAGAACAAAUUCUAAGUGUUGUUGGCAUUGUGCAAGGAAUAAUGGAGGAAUGGCCUGAGGAGUGGGGUGAUCAAGAUCCAGAAUCAGUCUGUGUCCUUUCUCAAGGCAGACAGGUGUUGGAAAUACGGCAAAGACUGCGUCAGCUUAAACUGCCCCGUUUCACUGUGGAGAAUGCUGAAAAUGUGCAAGGAAAACAAUUCAGAGUAAUCGUGAUUUCCACUGUGCACACGAAGGACAGCCUAUUGGAGACAGACCGGACCUGUCUUGAGUUUUUCAAUGAUAUGCGAGUGCUGAAUACUGUUAUGACAAGAGCCCAAUCCCAAAUAAUUGUGGUUGGAGAUGCAGCUGCUCUUUCUUGCCAUCACUUUGGCAUGUGCUGGAGACUAUGGAGAUCUUACAUAGAAUAUUGCAUCAACAAGGGAAGUGCCCAUGACUUUACCUUGGAUUCUUUGAAACAAGAUCUCCUUGAGAUAUCUGAGCUCUACAGAAGUGAAGAUGAAGAAAGCAGUGAUAGUGAAUCAACUACAUCUGAAAUACCAGACAUAGAAGACCCAAUACUUAAAGAGCUUCUUGAUGAGAGCAAAGACAUCAAUGUUGCAUUGACAGAGGAAGGUUUGUUUCCAGUUUUUCAAAAUGAGCAAGUUGUCAGCAGUAUGAAAAACCAAAUUACAGAAACAGACGAAGAGCAAUUGUUUACUAGCUCUACCAUCCACAAAUGCUGUGAGCUGGUCAAAGAGGCUUUUGACCGUGGUUAUGCAAUACCACUUGAUAAGCCCACUCUAAGAAUCGAUAUCAAGGGUAGAAAUAAUAUCGGACAGGCAUUCCCUGGAGACAAAGUAGAAGUGGAGAUCCUGAGUGAGAAAUCAGAUCAUCCUACGGGAAGAGUAAUCAACAUUCUUGAAAGUGCAGAUACUGUCAAGGAAUUUGUCUGCACCAUUGAAAGAUAUGACAAUCAAGUGAUGACACCCAUCAACAAAUGUAUCACCAAAAUCUACACACCAUUUUCAAAGGACAAACCAGACCACAUUGCUGUAAGAAAUCCUGACAGCCACAAAAUAAAGAGUUUCAUCAAAAUAAAUGAGGAAGCACGUAGAAAAUACCUCUUUGUUGUCAAAGUCCUUAAGUGGACAAAGCCUGGCAGUUUUCCCUUGGGGAUUGUUGUGAGUGUGUUUCCAAAAAUAACAACUUUAGAUGAUGGAUUGAAUGUGCUCAGCAUAGAGUUCCAGUUGAGGAGGACUCUUUCUUCGUCUUUGGAAAAACAGAUGCAAGACUUUCAAGGUCUCAGUUUAUCUGAAGUUGGACGAAAAGAUUUUCGCAUGCUGCCAACAUUCACCGUUGAUCCUGCCGAUUCACAAGACCUUGAUGAUGCAAUCAGUGUACGGGAUUUAGGCGAGUUCUACGAAAUAGGAGUUCACAUUUCUGAUGUUGCAAGCUUUGUGGCUAAAGGCAGUGAACUGGACAAAUAUGCAAGACAGCUGUGCACUGCAUUCUAUCCACGUGGGAAGGAGCCAAUUAAUAUGUUCCCUAAAGAAUUGAGUGCCAAUUUCUUCAGUUUAAUCCCUAACCAUGACAGACGAGCCAUCUCCUUGAUAAUACAAGUAGAUGCAAAAACAAACUGCAUAAAGAGAAGAUUUUUCUUCAAGUCUAUCAUUCACUCCAAGAGAAGGUUUUCCUAUGAUGAGGCUGAGGACAUCCUUGAAAACACCCGUCAGCAUUCUGACCCACUUGAAAUCUGCCUUGUGAAAGCAUGGAAGUUUGCUGAAGUUCACAGGAGAUACAGGAAACAGGAAGACUGGUGCUACAAACAGCCAGAUGAGGACGUAACCCUUGGAAGAAGACAAUCUCACCAAAUGGUGGAAGAGCUGAUGAUCAUGUUUAACCACACAGUUGCUGAACGCCUUCUGUUUGAUGGAACAACAAGGAGUCUAACUCCACUGAGAUGUCAGGACGGGCCAAAAAGUGAAAAGCUUACUGACCUUUUUGUCAAAAAUGCCACCUUGAUUCCACUAUCUGUUCACUUCUCAAGUCGAGCUCAUGAAGUGAAUAACAAAGGUUUGAUCAACCACACAGUCAUGCCAAACUCUCAGGCUCACAUUUCUGAUUCUGAAGCCUUCCCUAUACUAAAAUCGAUUUUGAGAUGCCUGAAGACAGCAGCAGAGCAGAAAAAUAUCUACAAAGUAAUUGACUUUGUUGCAACUGAUGACAUUCACCCCCAACUUCUCCCUUUUGCUAUUGCAUUUAGGAGACUGUUUCAAAAAGCAUGUUUUCUGCGCUCAAACUCAACACAUGUCUCAAGAAUUGGGCACUAUGAUUUGGAUCUUGACAGCUAUACAUGGGCCUCAUCUCCAGUCCGCCGGUACAUAGAUGUCAUUGUACAGCGCCUUCUUCAUUCUCUGAUGGACAAGACAGACGUUAGGUACACAGCUCAUGACAUUAGCCUGUCUUGUAUGGAAUUUUCCAGGAAAAAUGACCAACAGUCAGCAUAUGAGAGGAAAGCGAAUGCUCUACAUUUUGCAUUAAAACUGUCGACCCAAAGUGCAAGGAAGGUGGCAUACAUUGUGGAACUCAAUCCGUCAGGGACAAACUUCAGAGUAUCCUUCCCACUUAACAGAAGCUCUAUAUCAGAAAACUUAGACAUUAUGUACAGGGAUCUUCAGCUGGCAGAUCAACCAAAGUUUGAUGAAACAAACAACUGCAUGAUCUUAAAAUGGGUGCAAAGGAUAUAUUCAUUCUCCAAUCCUCACAUCCUUGCUGAAGUGAAACAACAAAAUCCAAACUCAGUCAUGGCCUAUGUCCCUACAAAGACCUGGAAAUGCCUAGCAGCUGCUGUUAGAGAAGAAAAUUGGGACAUAAUGAUUCCCCUGAUUGAGGAGCUUGAUGUUACCUCAAGAAUCCAUACAAGACAAUUCCAGGAAAGACUGAGAAACUCUACAGUUUCAGAAAAAUCUGAUCCCAUGCACGCUGAGCAUUAUGCCGAACUGUCGCUGAGAAUAAAGCAAGGUGAAGCAGUCGAGGUGCAGCUAGGUCCAGCAACAGCUCGAGGAUUACUGACACCUGCGGUUCAGUUGUUUGUUGUGCAUCCAAAAUUUGAGAUUUGCUUGGAGCAUGUGAAGGAUCCAAUCAAGUGUUUUUCAAAAUAUGCGUUCCACUCAUCAAGGAAUUCAUACAAGACAUACAUGGAUUAUCAGGAAAUAUGGAAACCUUUGUGUGAAAUGGAGUCAGCCUCCAGUGCUGUGGCUGAAAAUGAGAGCAUUCUUAUUGAAGAUGUAGCCUUGAAAUGGGAGAUCUCUCCUCAAAAAAUGCUUAAAGGUUUUUUUCUCCUCCCACUUGACAAGAAAUCUCAGUGGUCUAUUGAAUGUGACCUCAAGAACAGUUUCCUCUGCAUUCGAACUCGGAUUCACAAAAGACAGAGUAGUCCCCUUCUGGAAAACACAGAUCUCAUGGAUAUUCCUUCUAUCAGUUGGGUGGUCCAUGGCAUAAUAACAGAAGUUAAAGAAAUGGACUCCAGAGAACCAAGGAAUUUACAAAUUGAUUUUCUGAUAAACCACAAGCCUAUGACAACUAUUCCAGAAGCAAUAUUCUCUGAGAAGACAAGAUUCACUCUGGAGCUGAUUACAAAGCUUCUGCCAGACGUACGAAAAGAGAAUGCGAUUAGCAGUCUAACCAAAGCUAACCAACUUGUAAAAACUAUUGCCAUGGGCAGGAGAAUCAACUUUGGAGAAGGAUGUACAAUUCCAGAGCAGAACACAGCCAGAUUUGAGAUUGACAGUUAUCUCCCUUCUGGGCUUUCCCAUCUAAACAACAGUCAAACUAAAGCUAUAAGAGAAGCACUGACCAACCCGUUCACUCUUAUCCAAGGACCACCAGGGACUGGCAAAACUGUCGUUGGUGUCUAUAUUGUGUACUGGUUGAUCAAGAAAAUCCAACAGCUUCCUACCUCCAGUUCACAGAAGAAGAGAGCUAUUCUGUACUGUGGACCUUCAAAUAAAUCUGUUGAUGUUGUAGCAGGUCAUCUCCUAAAACUUAGAAGAGACGUUAAACCUCUCAGAGUCUACAGUGAUCAGAUGGAGAUGUUGGAGUUUCCUUACCCAGGCUGCAACCUGAAGCUGUCACGCAAUUCUAAAAGAGGGGAAAAACCAAACGCGGAACUCAGUUCCAUUGCAUUACACCACCUGAUUCGAAAGCCUGGAAACAGAUAUUCUGAUCAAAUACUUGCAUUUGAUUUGAAAAUCAGAAGAGGAGAUCAACUCACCGGAGAAGAAAAAAAACUCUACAAAGAAACCCUCCAAAAGGCUCGCAAACACGAAUUAUUGCAGCACGAUGUCAUCUUGUGCACCUGCACUGCAGCCUCACACCAUGCCUUAGCUGAAGCCCUCGACUUAAAACAGAUCAUCAUUGAUGAAUGUGCCAUGGCAACUGAACCUGAAGCCUUUAUUCCCCUAGUGGCUCAUAAGCCUGAGCAGAUUGUUCUUCUGGGCGAUCAUAUGCAGCUGCAACCUGUAGUGCACUGUGAAGUGGUGGAGCGAUUGGGAAUGAGCAAAUCUCUUUUCCAGCGCUACAUGGAGAAAGCACUCAUGCUUGACACUCAGUACAGAAUGCAAGAAGACAUUUGUGAAUUUCCAUCUAAGGAGUUCUAUGGAGGAAAGUUAAAAACCGAAACACAACCCAAACCAAGUCUUUUCAAUACUACAUCAAAGCAAACAUGCAUAGUCUUUGGUCAUGUUGAAGGAAAGGAGAAAAGUCUGGUGGUCUCGACUGAACGUGGGAAUGAAAGUUCAAAGGCAAAUGUGGAAGAAGCAGAAGAAGUGGUGCGGAUCGCCAUUCUUUUGAUUGAGGCUGGGAUACAGACAAAGGACAUCGCCAUUCUCACGCCAUAUAAUGCUCAAGUUGCGAAUAUUAGUGACUCCCUGUCCGAUAAUGGUAUAUGUGACAUCACAGUCAACACCAUCAUGAGGAGUCAAGGAAGUGAGUGGAAAUAUGUCAUCAUGUCAACUGUGCGCUCAUGCCCAAAGUCUGAUAUAGAGAGACAACCAACGAAAUCCUGGAUUAUGAAACGACUUGGAUUCAUCAUGGACCCACACCAAGUUAACGUGGGCAUCACCAGGGCACAAGAAGGACUGUGCAUCAUUGGUAAUAAGAACUUGCUGCGCUGCAGUGUUUUGUGGAGAAAACUUCUGGAUCAUUAUCAGGAGAAAGGAUGUGUAGUGAAUCCUGCCCGGAACAUCCAGGUUCGCAAACCCAACAGAACUCUGGGAAUUAAGAGAAUUGCUAGAAAAUGAUGUUCUUCAUGCAGUUUUCUUUUUGUAGCUGCAUUUACAUUAUUCUCUAGCAGUGUCAAAUGUGCACUCAUAUAUUCAACUGUACAUUUACUCCUGCAUUACUGUGGUAAGACAGGGUCAGAUGUGCUCAUAUAAGCUAUUGUUAUGUACAUUAUUUUCAUAAUUUCAUAAGCAUUUUUGGAUGGCACUUUAUAUACAGUAACUUUUAAUAUUUAAAUGUAAAAUAUAUUUGAGUCUGUUUUAUAUUAUAAUCUGAUAAUGAGGUAACUACUAUAUUACCCUUAGAAAUAAGAUUGUAUUUUACUCUUCAGUUUUGUAAAGUUUCAUGAGAACCAUAAAUUGAUAAAUAUAGAUCAAUUUGACCACAGCAGCACCACUAGAUUAUGACUAUAAUCUAAAUACUUGCAAUGUUAAAAUUUGACCACUUAGUGGUGCUAUACUAGCAUAUCAAAUCAUAAGGCAAUUAGUAUAUGACAUUUGGAUUCUGUUGAUUUAGAGAUGUUGUUAAAUAAUUUGUUCCAAAAUUAGUGAAACAAGUUUUCACCAUGUAGUCACAUUUUUUUUUCUGAUGUGUUGUAGAUGUCUGUACAAAUCUUUAACAUUCCACUGUGGUUAUUUGUUUACAUGUAUAAGGAUGUAUCUGUGUCUGUAAUUUAUUUAAGUUUGUUUAAUAUGCAGCUCUUUACAUAAUUUGCACAAAGUUUGUUCAUACAGGAGCUGCAAAAUGUAGGCCUAUGUGGACGCUGAAGUCACAAAUAAAAAUGUGAAUGUGAUCGAUUA